AUGGCCGAUAUUUCGGCACCAGCUCUCGAGAAAGCAGCUGCAAAACUCAAGCAAUUAGUUCCAUCAGCCCACAAAGUCGAAGUUCAAGUUUGUGACGUCUCAAAAGAAUCUGAUAUCGAAAAGACCGUUGCUCAUCUUGAAUCUUGGGGUGGUAUCGAUAUCAUGUUCAACAAUGCUGGAAUUAUGCAUGCUGAUGAUGCCGAUGCUAUCGAUACCCCUGAGAAGAUUUGGGAUUUGACUCAAGCUAUUAACGUCAAGGGUGUUUGGUUCGGUUGUAAACACGCUGUUAUUUCCAUGCGAAAGAACAAGAAGACACGUGGUUCUAUCAUCAACACCGCUUCCGUCGUUGCACUUGUUGGUUCUGCUACCCCUCAAUUAGCAUACACAGCUUCCAAGGGAGCAGUUUUGGCUUUGACCAGAGAAUUGGCAAUUGUUCACGCCAGAGAAGGAAUCAGAUUCAAUGCAUUGUGCCCAGCACCAUUGAAUACUCCAUUGCUCCAAGAUUGGUUAGGAGAUGAUCAACCAAAGAGACUCAGACGUGAGAUUCAUUUCCCAAGUGGAAGAUUCGGAGAGGCUAUUGAGCAGGCUCAAGCCGUUUUGUUCUUGGCUAGUGAUGAGAGUAGCUUUGUUAACGGACAGGAUUUCGUCGUCGACGGCGGCAUGACAAAAGCCUACGUAACUCCCGAAGGUCCACCACUCGCCGCUCCAUCCAACAACGCCCUCCUCAGCGAACAAGUCGAUGCUAUUCGCGGUACCGGUGUCCCUAAAUAG